GGGUUGGGUAGCGCAUACUUGUGCAUGUGGACGAAUCGCCGUCUGCCUCUCUCUCAGUCAAAAAGUGACCGCAGCAGCAGUUACAGAACAGGACACAGGAUUGAACACGAUUUAUUCAGUGGAAAGAAAACCAGUCUGUACUACUUAUCCAGAAGACAAGGAGGAGGACGACACUUUCACUCGUUUUCGCCGCAGGACUAACACUUAUCAUCAUCGUCGUGACGUUGUCAUUGGUUUGGAAGGUACGCGAGUUUAUGCAUUAACUUCAUCACUGAUAUUAAGCAUCAUGGACCCGUCGGAGGGAAAAGAAGAAUUGAAACUAUUUGGUUGGAUGAAUUUUUCACGUGCUGAUUCAAAAAAGUCUUCUAGUAAAUGUGAAGUACUACGGCUAUCAACUGUGAUCGGGAGGGAUCAAAGUCUCGAUUUACGAAUCCACGACCCAAGGAUUUCCCGUCGUCAGUGCGAACUAAUCAUUACUGGAAGCGAAACUGAAGAGUAUACGGCAACUAUCAAGAAUCUGACCUCGCGUAAAACUACUGUUGCCAAUGGACAUGCACUGGAGGUGGACGAAACAGUCGUUUUGAAUGACAGCGUAGAUCUUCGUCUGGCUAAUUACAUUGCUUAUUGGACACCGAACUUAACAAUAUUUGGAUCACCAACAUUAGGAUUAAAGUCAAAGUUGAAAUUUGACUUGGGAGACAACAAACAAGAACUAGAUAAAGAGAACCAAUAUGUUGAUGCAGGAAAUAAGGAAACGCCCAUUCAGGCAUCACCUGGACAUGAAGAUAAAAAAGUUCGUCCAGGUCCUUCUCGUCGAGCUAAGGAGUCGGAAACCAGCAAGUCACCGCGUCAAGAAGAUCCACUUUCCCCUCCGAAAGAAGACCGCUCAUUACUGGAAUCUGAUAUGAAAGAAUGCUCGAUCAGACUGGAGCGAGUGAGCGUAACACCUCAUGUGAAAACGCCUAAGGUUCAACUGGAGGCACUUUCAGUUGAACAAAUAAGUAAAGCAACUGCUCUAGGUAAACGUACCAUUAAGGUCAACGACGAGCCUGAGAUGCUGCCUAAAUUGCGAAGAGGUAAACAAGUUGCUAGCGACCAAGAAAAAGUGGAGAAGCCGAAAGCUACGCGACGUGGCAAACCUACUGCCAGGAAUACUGUAAUUGAAACAAAAAAUGAUGCUGAUAAUGAAGUGAUCCAUGAACCUAAACCACGACGGGUUAAACAACCAAUUGAACCUACAAGUGACACAGAUGAUGCUGAUAAGCCAAAAGUGACACGACGAGGUAAAACUGUCGCUAAACCUGUAAAAAGUCAAGCGAGCAACGACACUGAAAAACCUCGUCGAGGUCAACCAGCAGUUCGAGACAUAGAAGAGGCUGAUAAGCCAAAAGCGACGCGACGAGAUAAAGCUGCUGCUAAAGAUGUUGAAAUUGAACCCACCAACCACAGUGAUAUGGAUCAAACUGAAAAAGCUAAGCCAAAAUCUCGACGGGGUCAACCAGUAGUUAGCGACACAGAUGAUGCUGAUAAGCCAAAAGCGACACGACGAGGUAAAACUGUUGCUAAAACUGUAGAAAGCCGACCAACCAAGGACACUGAAAAACCUAUUCGGGGUCAACCAGCAGUUCGGGACACAGAAGAGGCUGAUAAGCCAAAAGCGACGCGACGUGGUAAAGCUGCUGCUAAAGCUGUUGAAAUUGAAUCGGACUACAGCACUGAAAAGGCUAAGCCAAAAUCUCGACGGGGUCAACCAGUAGUUAGCGACACAGAAGAUGCUGAUAAGCCAAAAGCGACACGACGAGGUAAAGCUGCUGCUAAAGCUGUUGAAAUUGAAGAAACGGAAGAAACUGAAAACUCUAAGCCAAAAUCUCGACGGGGUCGACCGGCAGUUAGCGAGACAAAUGAUGAUGCUGAUAAGCCAAAAGCGACACGACGAGGUAAAGCUGCUACUAAAACUGCUAAAAUUGAACGGAGCAACGAUGCUGGUACGCAUGAAACCGAGAAACCUAAACCUCGUCGGGGUCGACAAGCAAUUGAACCUACAGCCGAUACAAAAGAAGCUGGUAAGCCAAAAACGAUGCGAGGAGAUAAAACUGCUGUCAAAGUUGAACUUGAAUCGAAAACCACUGGACUCAAAACAAAAAAAACUGAAACUCCCAAAGUUCGUCGAGGUGGCAAUGAAAAACUUGAACAAUCUUCACCGAUAUCUGAUGUACCAGCAAAACGCGCACGGCGUGAAGAGGCGACGACUGAAGUGAAAAGCGGACGAGUUACGAGAGGCAGAAAGUACUAAUUGUGGCUUGAAUUUUUACGGGAAAAAUGUUAUUUUGCUAAGAAUGUUAGUUAUAGUUAGUUGGUACGCUGUACUUUUUUUCUAUGUUUACCUUUUUCAUUUUUAUAACUUAACAGCCAAAUAUCUAUGUAUAUAUACAGAUUACAAGCUAAAAUAGAUAUGGUUUUCACUUUAUUAUUUUUCUACUCAUCUACUGUUUGGAAAUUCUACCGUUGACAAUAUUAUCGUAUUGCGUGACCUCGAGUUCAAAAUUUGUUGGAAAAUAAUACAUACUUAGAAUAUGUAGAAUUUCUAUUAAAGUUCAUGAUGGUAUAGUAAAAAUUUUUAUAAAUAUUACUUCGGGUGGUAUACUUUGCUCAAAAAAUUGUUUCACCAUGAAUCCAUGUCAUUUUGUUAAUAGAAUACAAAAAUCAGAUCCA